AAUCCCAAAAAUGGCACUUCAAGAACCUCCCAGGCUUGUGACCGCUGCAGAAUUAAAAAAAUCAAAUGCGAUGGAAAUUUGCCAUCUUGUUCAAAUUGCUCUAAAAUUGGCUUUAACUGCAAAACUUCGGAUAAAUUAACCCGAAGGUCGUUCCCAAAGGGCUACACAGAAAAUUUGGAGAAAAAUUUA